UUAGGCUGAUGUCGCUGAAGCUGAUGCACGUGUGUGCGCAUUGCCGUGACACAUAACCUAUAAGUAUCAAAAAUAUAAUAACAAACGUGAGAAAAUUUAGCAGUAAAUAUUAUUAUAAUUCAACAAAAUGGCAUCAACGAGUGCCUUAGAGAUCGAUCCUGAAGAAACCGUUGUGGAUGUUACUUGGAAAGAUUUGGGCAUUGUCGACUCGCUUUGUCAGGCGUGUGAAGAACUGAAAUGGAAAACACCAUCAAAGAUCCAAAAGGAAGCUAUACCCUUAACACUCCAAGGAAAGGAUGUGAUAGGCUUGGCAGAAACCGGUUCUGGAAAAACAGGAGCCUUUGCACUUCCGAUAUUACAAGCUUUGUUGGAAAAUCCGCAGAGAUAUUUCGCUCUUAUUUUGACGCCCACCAGAGAGUUAGCAUUUCAAAUAUCAGAACAGUUUGAAGCACUAGGUGCCAGUAUUGGCGUGAAAUGUGCUGUUAUUGUAGGCGGAAUGGACAUGAUGUCUCAGGCCUUGACUUUGGCUAAAAAACCCCACAUUCUGAUUGCAACACCUGGAAGACUUGUCGACCACCUUGAAAAUACCAAGGGAUUUAAUUUACGUUCGCUUAAAUAUUUGGUGAUGGAUGAGGCUGACCGUAUAUUGAACAUGGACUUUGAAGUUGAGGUUGAUAAAAUAUUAAGGGUAAUUCCACGAGAGAGAAGGACAUUACUAUUUUCGGCAACAAUGACGAAAAAAGUACAAAAGUUACAGCGAGCUUCUUUGCAAAAUCCUGUAAAGGUUGAAGUAUCCACUAAGUACCAAACUGUUGAAAAAUUGCAACAAUCUUACAUCUUCAUUCCUGCUAAAUUCAAGGACGUGUACCUGGUUCACAUAUUGAAUGAAUUGGCAGGAAAUAGUUUUAUGAUAUUCUGCGCCACCUGCAACAAUACACUCAGAACAGCCCUCCUAUUACGAAAUCUUGGGUUCAUGGCUGUUCCCUUGCAUGGACAGAUGUCACAGAAUAAACGACUAGCUGCCCUGACAAAAUUCAAGGCUAAAAACAGAUCUGUCCUAAUAUCAACCGAUGUAGCUAGUAGGGGUCUGGAUAUUCCUCAUGUCGAUAUUGUUAUUAACUUUGACAUACCGACACACAGCAAAGACUACAUCCAUCGAGUUGGAAGAACUGCUAGAGCAGGUCGAUCCGGUAGGGCAAUUACGUUUGUUACACAAUAUGACGUUGAACUUUAUCAACGAAUAGAGCAAUUAAUAUCGAAAAAGUUACCUCUUUAUACAACACAAGAAGACGAAGUUAUGGUACUCCAAGAAAGAGUAUCAGAAGCUCAUCGUAUGGUAAAAAUGGAAAUGAAGGACAUUGAGGACAAUAAAAAGUCUGGUAAAGGAAAAAAGAGGAAAGGUGGCGGUGACAACGACGACGACACAGAGCAAUCGAUUGGUGUUAGGAAAAGAGUAAAAGGCAAAGGAUUCAAAGGAAAAAGAAAAGGCUGAGAUAAGAGAUAAGAAUUCGUAUACAAAAAAGUGUAGAUCAAAUUAAUUACAUCAUUGAU